UAUCCAAUUAGAUGCAGUGAUGCAAGAAGGAGAAGAAACUAUUGAUGAAGAAAAUAUACAGCCUACGAUUAAAGAAAAUCAUCAAAUGGAGUGGAGCAAUGAUGUUUCAAAUCUUAAAACGUAUUUGAAACCAUCACUUGAUUUCCUUGAUGAAAACGACGAUGCGAUGGAAUGGACAAAAAUUGAACAACCAGUGACCAAUGCAGAAUUGGAUUUUAAUUUGGAAUCUUAUAGAACAGAAAGCAUUGAUAAAGAGAAAAUCAAGACUCUAAAAAGAGAGAUUUGUCGUUUAAAAAAAUCUCUUAACUUUGUAAAUCGAAUAUUGACUCAAACUAGAUGUCAAAGAAAUCUUAUCGAAACGAAUUGCGAAAAUUUAAAAAUGAAUCUGUAGACUCAUUUUUAGAUCGACAAAAGUGUACAAGUCAAGUUGCAAGAACGAUGAUACAUAUGCAGUUACACAAAAAGUAUAAGCCGUACUCUGAUUCUGAAAAAGAAUUAGCGAAGCAUAUGAUGUAUCAUUCUACUUCUGCUUACAAGCAACUUCGCAAAGCUGGUUGCAACUUACCUCACGAAAUAACUGUAGUGAGAUGGAUUAGUGAAGUAGACAUUAAACCAGGCUUAUGCGACAGCAUGUUCAAAAAAGUAGAAGAAUGCAUCGAAAAGCUCCCAAACGAAGAACGAAUAUGUGCCCUAAAAAUGGAUGAAAUUCAUUUAAAAAGCUAUGAAGAAUAUUCCAAAGGUCCAGAUUGCAUUGAAGGAAUAGUGGAUCUUGGACCUCUUGGCAGAUUAGACGAAAGGGCUAAAUGUGCAUUUCUUCUUUGUCUCGAUAGCUUGAAUGCUACAAACAGAUGGCGCCAAAUUCUUGCUUAUCUUCUUCCAGGAAAAAGUGGAAUGAGUGGUGAACAAGUAAAAUAAAUUGUUCAAAUGUGCCUAAAAAAACUAAAAGAAUUGGGUGCUAAUGUUAAAGUACUGACUGCUGAUCAGGACACCAAUAAUCAAAGUGCCUUCAAGCUUUUAAACAUUUCUGAAGAAGAUCUGUGGUUUGAAGUUGAUGAUGAAUUUUAUUGCGGAAUUGCAGACUUCCCUCAUCUGAUCAAACGAUUAUUUGCCAUGCUUAAAGCUCAUGGAAAGAUUUAUAUUGGGACAAAGGUGAUCAUUUCCUUCCAAGACUUUGUUGAUGCAUUGAUGUUUGACAGAAAGAUGAGUUCAUCAAGAUUAUUGUCCCAUAUAACUGAUGCUCACCUUAUUCCAAAGGCCUUUGAAAGCAUGAAUGUCAAACGACCAAUGCAAGUUUUUAGCAAAAGGAUUGCUUCCGCAAUUAGACUAGCAGGAGAAGAUCCAAAUGGACUAAAAAGCACAACGUGGAGUGAUUCUGCUGAAUUUGCUGAAAAAUUAGAUGU